AUGUCAUCACAACGACGUAAAGCAUUUACAAUUGAGGAGAAAGGUGCAAUAAUAUGCAGAUUAGAAAAUGGAGAAUCUAACUCAUGUCUCGCAAAGGAAUUUGGAGAAAAGGCAAAUGGUUUUGCCGCGCGUUUUGGUGUUCUCGACUUCAAUUGUUCUGCAAGCUGGAUCAGUCGUUUUAAAGUUCGACAUAACAUUGUUGCGGGAAAAAUUGUCGGUGAAUCUUCAUCUGUUGAUCAAAAUUCAACAACAAACUGGUUGAUAUCUGCCGAAUUUACGAAGACAAUUUUCUGA